AGUCCCCGUAGGCGCGUGGGUGUAGCCGAGGAGUGCGCGUGCGCGUGCGCUCACGGGGCUCGUGACGUUCCGGUGCUAACCGACGGAGAGCUCUACUACACACCGAGAAGAAGCAGCGCGAGUGCGGCAGCACACCAGAGGGACGCUGGACAACGAAGAAGUGGCCAGUCCCUUAACAUAUUAAGGCAAAACCUGGGAAAACGAGAGCGUGUUGUUUUUCUCCUCCGUCAGAGAGUGUGUUUGUAGUGUGUCACUAUGACAACGUUUGGACUUUACACAGUAGCCUUCAUCUUCUUCUUCAUCUCAGUAACGUUAGGCGCUGCUCUGUAGAUAUCAUAAUCACAGCAGUCGCGUAGGACUCUCCGUUGUCAAGCCUUGAAAAAGAAGCCGCAGAAGUAAGUCAUGGAUCAGAGAUUUGCUACAAUGAUCAGCUAGCGUCUUGUGUGUCCGUUCUUCAAGAUCAGAGGAGACAGCGAAGCCCGCGCACCUGGAGCAGAAUGGAUUUGAGUAGCAUCAGGAAGCUCAUCACUCGAUACUGUACAGGAGAGGAGAGCUGGGUGGACAGCAGGACAGUUUAUAUUGGACAGAAAGAGCCUCCACCAGGAACAGAAGCGUACAUUCCACAGAGAUUUCCUGACAACAGAAUUGUAUCCUCAAAGUAUACUUUCUGGAAUUUUAUACCGAAGAAUCUCUUUGAGCAGUUCAGAAGAAUCGCCAAUUUCUAUUUUCUGAUCAUCUUUCUAGUGCAGCUGAUCAUUGACACACCUACCAGUCCUACGACCAGCGGUCUGCCUCUUUUCUUUGUCAUCACUGUCACAGCCAUUAAACAGGGCUAUGAGGACUGGAUCAGGCACAAAGCGGACAACGCUAUAAACCAAUGUCCAGUCCACAUCAUCCAACAUGGCAAAGUCGUACGCAAACAGAGUCAAAAGCUACGGGUGGGUGAUAUUGUCCAGGUUAAAGAGAACGAGACAUUUCCAUGUGACCUCAUACUGCUGUCCACCAGUAGAGAAGACGGAACAUGUUUUGUCACAACAGCCAGCUUAGAUGGAGAGUCCAGCCAUAAGACCUAUUAUGCAGUUCAGGACACAAAGGCAUUCAACACAGCGGAGGAGGUGGACACACUACACGCUACGAUAGAAUGCGAACAACCCCAGCCAGACCUGUACAAAUUUGUGGGACGAAUCAAUAUUUAUUUGGAUCGAGACGAGCCCAUCGUGAGACCCCUGGGUUCUGAGAACCUGCUGCUACGUGGAGCCACACUGAAAAACACAGAAUACAUACAUGCUGUGGCCAUCUAUACGGGCAUGGAAACCAAGAUGGCCCUCAACUACCAGUCCAAGUCUCAGAAACGCUCCGCUGUUGAAAAGUCUAUGAACGCCUACCUGAUUGUGUACCUCUGCAUUCUGAUCAGUAAAGCUCUGAUCAAUACUGUCCUGAAAUAUGCCUGGCAGGCCAACCCAAACAGAGAUGAGCCCUGGUACAACCAGAAAACCGAGACUGAGAGGCAACGGCAUGUAUUAAUCCGGGCAUUCACAGAUUUCCUCGCCUUCAUGGUUCUGUUCAACUACAUCAUUCCUGUGUCCAUGUAUGUGACUGUGGAGAUGCAGAAGUUCCUUGGCUCAUACUUCAUCCUGUGGGAUGAUGACAUGUUUGAUGAGGAGCUCGGAGAGGGACCGCUCGUCAAUACCUCAGAUCUUAAUGAGGAACUUGGACAGGUGGAAUAUGUCUUCACUGACAAGACUGGCACUUUGACAGAAAAUAACAUGGAGUUGAGGGAGUGUUGUGUAGAUGGCCAUGUUUACGUGCCACAUGCCAUCUGUAAUGGGCAGAUCUUACCUGGAGCUACCGGAAUGGAUAUGAUCGACUCCUCUCCGGGCGUAGAUGGAAAGGAGCGAGAGGAGCUGUUUUUCCGUGCGCUGUGCCUCUGUCACACAGUCCAGGUGAAGGAAGAGGAGACAGUGGAUGGAAUUAAGAGAGGAAUCCAUCAGGGCAAAUCCACCUCCUUCUACAUCUCCUCCUCUCCAGACGAGGUUGCGCUGGUGGAGGGCAUGAAAAGGUUGGGCUUCACCUAUCUCCGUCUGAAGGACAGUCACAUGGAGAUCCUCAACAGAGAGGAUGAGAUGGAGAGAUUUGAGCUGUUGGAGGUGUUGAACUUUGAUUCAGUGAGGAGGAGAAUGAGUGUUAUCGUAAGAUCAAGCUCAGGAGACUACUAUUUGUUCUGUAAAGGUGCGGAUUCUUCUGUUUUCCCACGGGUGGUUUCUGGAAAGGUGGAGCAGGUCAGAGCGCGAGUGGAGCACAACGCUGUGGAGGGCUUACGGACUCUUUGUGUUGCUUAUAAGAAGCUGACUCAUGAGGAGUAUGAGGAAACAUGCCAUCUCCUCAACCGCGCUAAACUAGCUCUGCAGGAUCGCGACAAGAAACUGGCUGAAGCUUAUGAUGUCAUCGAAAAGGAUUUCAUCCUGCUUGGAGCCACGGCUGUGGAAGAUAGGCUGCAAGAUAAAGCAGCCGACACCAUUGAGUCCCUGCACAAGGCUGGUAUGAAGGUUUGGGUCCUCACAGGGGACAAAAUGGAGACGGCGGCAGCCACAUGCUAUGCCAGUAAGUUGUUCCAUCGCAAUACACAAAUCCUGGAACUGACAACCAAGCGGACAGAGGAGCAGAGUCUCCACGACGUCCUGUUUGAUCUGAGCAGAACUGUCCUGAGACAGCAUGGCAGCAUGACCAGGGACACUUUCUCAGGGCUCUCAGGUGAUUACCAAGACUAUGGUCUGAUAAUCGAUGGGGCGACACUGUCAGCUGUUCUGAAGCCAACACAGGAAGUAACCAGCAACGGAGGGAACUAUAAGGAGAUUUUCCUGGAAAUCUGCAGGAACUGCAGUGCUGUUCUCUGCUGCCGCAUGGCACCCUUACAAAAAGCACAGAUUGUUAAGAUGAUAAAAGCAUCUAAAGAACGCCCCAUCACACUGGCCAUCGGGGACGGAGCCAAUGAUGUCAGCAUGAUUCUGGAAGCUCACGUGGGCAUAGGAAUCAUGGGUAAAGAGGGGCGUCAGGCGGCCCGUAACAGCGACUAUGCAAUUACUAAGUUCAAACACCUGAAGAAGAUGCUGCUGGUACACGGACACUACUACUACAUCAGGAUCGCUGAGCUGGUCCAGUACUUCUUCUAUAAGAAUGUGUGCUUCAUCUUCCCUCAGUUUCUCUAUCAGUUCUUCUGUGGCUUCUCUCAGCAGCCACUGUAUGACACGGCAUAUCUGACCCUGUACAAUAUCAGCUUCACCUCAUUACCCAUCCUCCUCUACAGUCUGAUGGAGCAGCACAUCAACAUGGACAUCCUCAAACGGGACCCUACUCUCUACAGAGAUAUUGCCAAGAAUUCCCUCCUGAGAUGGCCCACCUUCAUCUACUGGACAUUUCUGGGGGUUUUUGAUGCCGUGGUCUUCUUCUUUGGUGCUUUCUUCCUUUUUGACAACACAACCUUCACCAGCAACGGCCAGCUAAUGGCCACCAACACACAGAUGAUGUUUGGAAACUGGACCUUUGGAACACUUGUAUUCACUGUCCUGGUGUUCACGGUCACGCUAAAGCUUGCCCUGGACACACAUUACUGGACGUGGAUCAACCACUUUGUCAUAUGGGGGUCACUGCUUUUCUAUGUCAUCUUCUCCCUCCUGUGGGGAGGCAUCAUUUGGCCUUUCCUGAACUAUCAGAGGAUGUACUAUGUGUUCAUGCAGAUGUUGUCCAGCGGUCCUGCAUGGCUCAGUAUCAUUCUGCUGAUUAUAGUCAGUCUGCUACCUGAUGUGGUGAAGAAAGUGUUGUGUAGAGCUCUAUGGCCCACUACCACAGAGAGAAUACAGAAUGCCGAUAAGUUGUAUAAGGGCCACCUGUCCGAGUUCACCCCACUGUCCUCCCUCCAUGCUCCACCUGUGCGGAAACACGACAGACAUGGCAACGAAAACCAGAACCGCACCCAUCGCAGGUCUGACUCCUCCCCUCCCAAAAAACUGAUGUGUACCUACUGGGGGGGGAGGCCUGACUACUGCACCUUCAGCUCCUUCCUCCGAAUAGGAGAAAACCCAAGAUUCUCUGGGCCAGCUUACGCCUACAGCACACCGGGACCCGAGACGUCCGUAUGACAGUCUCGGGCCGUAUAAAAGAAAUAGUCUACUUAUCCAAACGAAUUAGCCCUCGAUUAUUCCAGAGUCAAGAUUGGGACACAAUCUUGGCUUGUUACCCUUUAUCUGAAACAAAAGCACUGAAAGGCGUUCUUAUGGUAUACGCUAAUGGGCUAGGGAUGCUGUGUGUUAAUUUAGAAGCUGGAGGAAGGCCAAACUGAAUUGGCUGCACCAAUUGUGAGUGUGGCGUACUGCGCUUAGCGGCCUUGGGACCUAUUUACCUUGUUUUCUUUGUGUGUACGUUUAAAUGUGAGAGUGUGUUUCCCUUACACUGUGGGUUUACGUGUUGGCUAACCUACCCUUGAAAAUCCUUCAUGUGAAAAAUGCCUUGAAACCUACACUGGGCAGUAGUUAGCACAAACCUUUCCAUCUCAAACACAACCCCUACCACUAAAUAUAAAUGUGGAUGACAGUUAAAAUGGCCUUGGAUGCUGUCAAAACUGACGGUCCUGUUUUUUCUUCUUCUUUUCUUUGUUCUCUGUUGUCUCCCUUUCUCUUUUUUGCCCUGUGCUCCUUCUCUUUUCUUGUCCUACUUUUUUAUAGAACAAACUGGUGUUGCCUUUGUGCAAACCUGUUGUCGAGGAACACUCCAUAGCCUGCGAUUGUCUUUGUCCGAUUGCAUUGUAAGUGGCUAAAUUUGGCCAUUUCUGUUGCUGCACUGUACUAGAGCGAACUCGGUGUGUAUGUGCACAUGUGUGCGUGUGCGAGUGUGAAAGUAGGCCUUUGUUAGAACAACUACAAGAAGACAAAUUGUAACUGGACUGUCAUUAUGUUUCACCCUUUAACUUUCAAAAAGGUGGAAAUCCACUCAUGUUCUACUGUUCCAAAGUUUGUAAAACCAUUGACUUGUGUCAUUAUGACAACCAGUUACUCUUUCCUAGCUGCUUGACGAUUUGCUUUAAAAUUCUGUAGUUCCUUAUGUAUAACCAGUCCUUUAGUUUUUUAGUGUAGAACCAGAUACAGAAUGCUAAAGGCUAAGCUAGCCACCUUAGCUUGACUGUUCUGCCUUAAUGCUAAUGUUUCCCAUCUUUUACACCGCAGUUUGGAACCAAAGGUUGUGAAAUACGGAGUAUUUAAAUGCGUGUUAUUUGCCUUAUGAUAAAA